AUGUCAAGCUUCAGUCCAGAGUUUACAAAAAGCUUCGCUCGGGAAACAUGGACUCUCUAUGCAGUUGGGAUGCUGGGUGUUUGCCUGCGAUUGGAGGGUUUGCGGCAGAGGAAAUGGGUUAAUUAUCUCGCCGUAUAUGUCGGCCUCGGUUUUAUUGGUGUUGAGUUGUCUCUGUUCUUGAUUUGCCGGCCCUUGUCUAAUUACUGGGCUGUGCCUACAUCCUAUCAAUGCUCAAGCUACCAGUACUACGAAAUUAUCCAGGGAUGUAUAUCAAUUUCCGCAGACAUCCUGAUGCUCCUUAUCGGGCUGCCGCUUCUACUGCAAGUACGCGUGCCCCUCAAGCAGAAGCUGAUACUUGUGGUUAUUUUCGGCAUGGGAAUUUUCGUUAUUGUCGCAGCAGUCCUGACAAAGGUUUACUGUCUCGUCCCGUCACUCAUCUCAUACGUCUAUAUGAAUUGGUACUUCCGGGAAGCAACCGUGGCUGUUCUUGUCACCAACCUGCCACUCAUCUGGUCUCUCCUUCGCGACGUGUUCCCUGCCCUCAAAAGCUGGACAGGUGGAUCCAAGCGAGCCACCGACCGGUAUAGGUCUGGUCCGUGGACCAGCAAAGCCUCGGGGUACGGCCGGCACUAUGGGCCGUCGAGUCAACUACGCUCAGGCGACUUUAGCAUGCACGAUUACAACCGCAGCAUUGUUACGCCUCACAAGCCGGCUUCUGACGUUAGCAUACAAGCGAGUGACGAUCGGGAUGUCAGCGAUGAUGGCUCUGACAGAGCCCUGAGAAUUCGGCAGGACGUUACUGUCACGGUGGAGCGCGAAUCCCGGCCUCCCGAAUUUUGGGGAUCCCAUCAUACCAAAACCGAAAGUCUUAACGGGGCGCAUCAACCGCAGCCAUGA